AGUUUAUUACGGUUUGAGGAUCGAUUGUCAGACAUCUUAUAGUUUGAGGACCGAACGUGCAAUUUACCCUUCACAAAAAUUAGAAGUUUCUUGAGUUGAGAGGGGGAAAAUUCAAAAUUGGCUUACUUGAGGGGCUCAGCCCAUUUUCCCCUUCCGACGGUUGCGUUCGUUUUAUGGACGACGCCGCGUCGCCGCCGCGGCCGCCAUCGGCGGCGCACCGGAGCCCCGCCGCCACCGGCGGAGGCGGCGGCGGCUCCUCCUCCAUGACCACCAUAUCCCGCCACUUCUUCGGCGGCGCCUCCUCCGACGAGGACCACGAGUUCUAUGUCGACAUCAUCGAGAACAUGCAAGAAGACUAUGGAAUGUUUGUCUGGCCUUGUAGCAUCAUUCUUGCUGAGUAUGUGUGGCAGCAGAGAUUAAGAUUUUCAGGAAGCACUGUGGUUGAGCUUGGUGCUGGAACCUCAUUGCCUGGGUUAGUAGCUGCUAAAGUUGGAGCAAAUGUUGUGCUAACAGAUAAGUCAGAGGACAAAGAGGUUAUGAAGAACAUGAGAAGCAUAUGCAAUCUCAACAAAGUCAACUGCAAAAUACUUGGAAUUACCUGGGGAGAGUGGGACGAUCCUAUCUUCGAUUUGAACCCCAGUAUUGUUCUCGGCGCUGAUGUAUUCUACGAUUCAACUGAUUUCGACGAUCUCUUUGCCACUGUUGCUUUUCUCCUGCAAAGUUCUCCUGGGGCAGUCUUCAUAACAACAUACCAAAACCGAAGUGGGCAUCAUCUGAUUGAAUUCUUGAUGGUAAAGUGGGGCUUGAAGUGUUCGAAAAUUUUGGAUGGUUUCUCCUUCAUGCCGCUAUGCAAGGCCUCUUCCCUUCAAGGAAACAUUCAACUUGUCGAGAUCGAACUCGACACCUAACAAUCUAAAUGAUUACUAAUCAAGAAAAUUGCGAUAUUAUGCCAAUAGUAAGAGGAAUAAGACAUGGUGAAGUUUCGCUCUACGUCAUAUGCUCUGCGAAAUGAUUUGGAGCUUUACCCUCUGUGGAUGCUAUUUUUGAAUUUCUUUAGUAGAAUUAUAUGUAAAACGGAUCAUGGUUUGAAAAUAUAUUUGUAUUAAUGCAAAAUUUUUUGUGGUAAAUUGCAACCCUUUGGCAUAGUUUCACUUUGGUA